GGCAUGUCAUGGCCGAUCAGUGACAACCGGCUUACUUUCAACGUGAACGGCCACGUGAAUUUCGUCUUAUUCAAGAGUAUCGUGGUGCGCUUGGGUUAAUUGAGCGAAUUUUUCACUACCAAGGUCCUUACUCUCUGCAGAAGAAAAAUGUCUGUUGUUGGGUUUGAUGUGGGAAAUGAGUCAUGUUAUAUUGCCGUAGCCCGCGGAGGAGGCAUCGAGACCAUCGCGAACGAGUUCAGCGACAGAUGCACACCAAGUGUGGUCUCGCUCGGAGAGUCCUUGAGGAGUAUUGGUGUCGAAGGGAAAAAUCAGAUGAUAUUCAACUUGAAAAAUACUGUGAGCCAGUUCAAGCGGCUUAUCGGUAGGAAAUUCAGUGAUCCUGUCGUCGAAGAUGAAAAGAAAAGACUACCUUGCCAACUUGUGGAAAGACAGGGAGAUUGCAUCGGCGUGAAGCUGCAUUAUCAGGGGAAUGAGGAAGUAUUUUCACCAGAACAGAUUAUGGCCAUGCUCUUGACAAAGCUGAAGACCAUUUCUGAGAAAGAACUGUCCACUAAAGUUACGGACUGUGUUGUUUCUGUUCCCUGCUAUUAUACAGACAGACAAAGGAGAGCAAUGUUGGACUCAGUCUCCAUGGCUGGACUGAACUGCCUCAGACUUAUGAAUGACACCACUGCAGUUGCCUUGGCUUAUGGUAUCUACAAACAGGAUCUACCGACUGAUAAACCUAGAAAUGUGGUGUUUGUUGAUAUGGGUCACUCCUCAGUUCAGGUUUCUGCCUGUGCAUUCUUAAAAGGACAACUCAAGGUGCUUGCCACUGCUGCUGAUCCAAAUUUGGGGGGUAGAAAUUUUGAUGAACUUUUGAAAGAUCACUUUGUGGAAGAGUUCAAGACAAAGUACAGAUUAGAUGUCUCUACAAAUGCCAAAGCUGGUAUUCGUCUCCUGCGAGAAUGUGAAAAGUUGAAGAAGCUGAUGAGUGCUAACUCCCAAGAGAUUCCCUUGAAUAUUGAGUGUCUAAUGGAUGAUAAAGAUGUUGCAGGAAGAUUUAAGAGAACUGAUUUUGAAGAAAAGAUUUCCAGCUACUUACAGGGAUUAGAAGUUACUCUGAAAUCACUGAUGGAAAAAUCAGGGCUCAAGAUGGCUGAUGUAGAGGCUAUUGAGAUUGUUGGUGGCAGCACACGUAUUCCUGCUGUUAAAGAUGUGAUAAAAGCAAUCUUUGAUAAGGAUGUCAGUACCACUCUGAAUGCAGAUGAGGCUGUGGCUCGCGGUUGUGCUCUGCAGUGUGCCAUGUUAUCACCAACCUUCAGAGUACGAGAUUUUGUUGUCAAUGAUGUAACACCAUAUCCAGUUGUGCUAACCUGGAAGUCACAAAACACUGAGGAUGAAGGGGAGAUGGAGGUGUUUGCUCCUAACCAUGCUUUCCCUUUCUCAAAGAUGCUGACAUUUUAUCGAAAAGAACCAUUCGAUUUAGAAGCUAGCUACGCAAAAAAUACAAAGCUACCACUAAAAGAUGGUUUUAUUGGUCGGUUCUCGAUCAAAGACGUUGUUCCCAAUAAAGAGGGAGAAUCAUCGAAAAUCAAAGUAAAAGUUCGUUUGGAUAUCCAUGGUGUACUAAAUGUUGUCAAUGCAAGCUUGGUAGAAAAAUUACCUCCAGCCACAGAGCCAGAAGCAGAGUCAAUGGAAGUUGAGGGACAAGGAGAGAAGACCAAAGAAGGAACUGGGGAAGCUGCCGCACCCGAGAAUGCUCAAGGAACACAGGAAUCUAAUGAAUCCAAUGAAUCCAGUGAAUCACAAGAUAAAGAAGCUACAAUUGAGCCGAUGGACACUGAGACAUCAGAAACGAAAGAUCCAAAAGAUGGGGAUUCCAGCAACAAAGAAGAUGAAGGGAAAGAUGCUAAAGACAGCAAAGGAAAAAAAGAGAACGGUGUUCCAGCAAAAAAGAAAAAUCAAGUCAAAACAGUGGAACUCAGAGUGGAGACUGAAGUGCCUGGACUUACAAAGUCCCAACUACAGGAUGCCAUCGAAAAAGAGUGCCAAAUGGUACUGCAGGACAAGCUAGAGAAAGAAAAAGGAUUUGCCAAGAAUGCUGUGGAAUCGUACGUGUAUGACAUGCGAGGAAAAUUGUACGAUCAACUCCAGAAAUACAUCACAGAUGAGGCAAGGGAGAAGUUCUCAGAGUUACUCUCGGUAACAGAAGACUGGCUUUAUGAAGAAGGCGAAAACCAAUCGAAGAAAGUUUACCAUGACAAGCUUGCCGAGCUGAAGAAAUUGGGAGACCCGGUAGAGAAGAGGUUAUCCGAGGCUACCAAAAGACCCGCUGCGUUUGAUGAGCUUGGAAAGAGUAUCCAGCAAAUCAGGAAAAUUCUUGAGCUUUAUGCACAGAAGGAUGAAAAAUACGAUCAUAUCGAAGCUGAAGAAAUGAAAAAGGUUGAAGAUGCUGUGGCAGAUAAGGACAAAUGGUUCCAGGAAAAGUGGAGUGCACAAAACAGUCUCGCCAGUCAUCAAGAUCCGGCUGUGUAUGCCUCCGUUAUACUCUCAGAAAAAAAGCUGUUAGAAGACACAUGCUACACGAUUUUGAACAAACCGAAACCGAAACCCAAAGCCGAACCACCGCCUCCCCCAAAGGAAGAAGAGAAGAAAGAAGAGGGGACGGGAGAGUCGACAACGGAGGAGAAAAUGGAUCAAGAAGGAGAAAUUGUGGAGAAACCUAGUGAAGAUCAAGAUCAGGAAGGUGGCGAGGAAACCAAACCUGACGCAGACAUGGAGAUUGAUUAGCUAUUUAUGAUUAACAAUCAGGAGUAAAAAGUACAGAAGCAAGCACUGAUGUUUUCAUUACGGUGAAAUUAUUCUCUAAUUUGUCAGUUGAUUUGUUUUGAUUGUGCCUCCUGCAAUAAUGGAGCGGUUUUUUUAAAUUUUAAGUCAUCGUAGACCACAAGCGAUUCUUUGGUUAACGCGUAAAGCGUAAGGCGUAUCCAGGGCGCAUGUCAGUGAAGGAUUACGAGGAGCGAUAAGUAGGAAACAAGUAAGAAAUGCAACAAGCAAUUAUUUUUUUGCUGGGUCCCUCACCGCGUGGCCCCGUGAUCUUAAUGAGUGGUAGUGUUCCUUUCUCUUGGUCAGUUGAAGGUCGAAGAGAAGCACUAGUAAAUGCAUUUUCAUAUUGUCUAAUUUCGUUUUGCGUAUUACACAAUAAUAGUUUAAAACAAACGAAGAGAAGACAGGAAGUUGGAAAAACUGGUUAAGUUUUAGGUACAUUUCAGGGCUACAAGGAACAGUGCUUGUGGCUUUUGGAAAGAAAGACGUUAUAUUAAAAGAGAACAUGUGCUUAAAUUCAA